ACAACAGAGAGAAGCCCUCGCGCUGGUGCUGCGACUACGAUCUCAUAACAACUCAGAGUGAAGGGAUGGCUGAAGCGCAAGCCAAGCGCGGAGCUGUGGUUCCAGAGUCAGUAUUGAAGAAACAAAAGAGGAAUGAGGAAUGGGCUUUGAAGAAGCAGGAAGAGCUUGCAGCUCUAAAGAAAAAGAAUGCCUUUUUUGAUUUUAUUUAAGCUAAAAGUUGAUCACUUGAGCUACACCAAGAUGAGGAACAACAAAAGCAGCUCGUUCAGUUGAAGCGGGAGGCGAGACUGAAAGGAGGUUUUUAUGUCAAUCCUGAAGCUAAGCUGUUGUUCAUUGUUCGUAUCCGAGGUAUCAAUGCUAUGCACCCAAAGACAAGGAAGAUAUUGCAGCUAUUGCGCUUGAGACAGGUUUUUAAUGGUGUCUUCCUUAAAGUAAACAAAGCAACAGUGAACAUGCUGCAUAGGGUUGAGCCUUAUGUGACUUACGGAUACCCCAAUUUGAAGAGUGUGAGGGAGUUGAUUUACAAGAGGGGUUAUGGCAAGCUAAAUACCCAGCGGAUUGCAUUGACUGACAAUUCAAUCAUUGAGCAGGGUUUGGGAAAAUACGGAAUUAUCUGCAUUGAAGAUCUUAUCCACGAGAUCUUGACUGUUGGGCCGAACUUUAAGAAGGCCAAUAACUUCCUCUGGCCAUUCAAACUGAAGGCACCAUUAGGUGGCCUAAAGAAGAAGAGGAACCAUUAUGUUGAAGGAGGUGAUGCCGGGAACCGUGAAGACUACAUCAAUGAGCUCAUCAGGAGAAUGAACUAGGUUUUGGUGUUAUUUGGCUUUUUGAAGAUUGGCUGUUUUUCUUUUUGCUUCUUAGUGGCAAUAGGAAGAAUCUUAAUUCAGUUUUCUUUCUUAUUUGAAGUUGGAGAAUAUUUGUUUCUUAAAUCACUAGUCUUGACAAUGGUGUUUGACAACUUUAUUUUACUUCAAUUUUGGGAGCUAUAUCAAUUUGUUUUGUGCUUUUUGUCCA